GAUAUCAUCGAUAAACAUUUCUUACUGAGUACUUAUAAAUUAUCAAAUAGCUAAACGACAUUUUUAUGACAUUUCCCAUCCCUGAGUUAAUUCAUUCUUCAUCAGACAGAGUUUUCAAAGUAUUACAAAAAUAAAUUAAAAACGAGACACUAAGCCCGUCAUCAAGAAUUACAAGAAUCAUGUUGGUGAUUUGAUGGAACUUUAAGUGAGAUUAAGCGGUAUUAGAUAAGAUUAGCAACGAUUAAAAAAGGAGUAGAAAAUAUCAAUAUCAAAAGGAUGGAGUGUCUAACCCUCUGGCUGCCACCCAUUUUAUAUUCAUCCCAAUAUCCCGAUUGACUUUAAAAUUAAAAUUUUAAACCUUUCGCAUAGACCACUGUGUGCAACGCAUUUCUCGAGAAAAAAGAGUGGAAUAAUUACCGAUGAGAACAGAUACAUACACGCCAGAGUACUUAAGAACCAACAAACGAAAGAUGAUAAAGAUUGACGAAACGCAUCUCUUGGAAUUGAUAACAAAGGUGAUCAAUCAAAUCUAAAAUGAAUCAACAUAUGUACCGCCGAGUGAGCAGAGGUAAAACCGAUCAAUUGUCCAAUUUUGGGUCAGUCUGAAGCAAUCGUUCAAAAUGCAGGUAGCGCUCUCAAUUGCCCUGCUGAUUGGUAAGUUGUUAGUGGUUCAGAGUCAGUACGAGCCUCACUGGUGGCCAGGUCGAAGUGGAAUAGUUCAGCUGUUCGAAUGGAAAUGGAACGACAUCGCAGACGAGUGUGAACGCUUUCUGGCCCCGAUGGGCUUUGGAGGGGUUCAAAUUUCACCGGCUACGGAAAAUGCGUUGAUAUACUCCCCGUUGCGACCGUGGUGGGAACGGUAUCAACCCGUGUCGCAUUAUUUGAAUACCCGUUCCGGCAAUGAAGCGGAAUUUGCGCAGAUGGUACGACGAUGUAAUGCGGUGGGAGUAAGGAUUUAUGCGGAUGUGGUUCUGAAUCAUAUGGCUGUUAAUACUCUGUACGAUGGCGUUGCUGGUUCCGUGGCAGAUGCAGAUACACUUUCCUAUCCAGGGGUACCGUAUAACUCAUCGGAUUUCAACACGGAUUGUCGAAUCAACGAGAAAAGCAACCCUAUCGAGCAGAGAGAUUGUCGUUUAUAUGGUCUUCCGGAUCUGAACCAGCGAUCGGAAUGGGUUCGUGAUAGAAUAGUGAACCUCUUGAAUAAAUUCAUCGUCUAUGGAGUCGCAGGUUUCCAUAUAGAUGCUGCCAAGCAUAUGUGGCCAAAUGAUCUGCAAGUGAUCUACAGUAGGCUGGCAAAUCUUGCGCAAGACCAUGGUUUUCAAGCUAAUGCUAGGCCUUUCAUUAUUCAAGAUGUAGAAGACGUAGGCGAUGACGGUGUUUCAAAGUUUCAGUACACCUCGAUUGGAAUGAUAACUGAGUAUCGGUAUUCGGAAACGAUAGGCUCGGUGUUUAGUGGAAAGCAGCGUUUGUCAACCCUAAUCAACUGGGGACAACCUUUUGGAUUCCCAGCAUCUGAUAGAACGCUUGUAUUUGUCGAUAACCAGGUAAACCAACGAAGCCAUGGUGAAGGAAAUAAGCGUGUGCUAACGUACAAAGAUAGCAAACAUUACGUCAUGGCUGUCGUAUUUAUGUUGGCGCAUCCAUAUGGAAUCCCUCGCAUAAUGAGCUCAUAUGACUUCAACAAUGAAGACCACGGUCCUCCUAUCGACGCUGGUGGAAACAUUUUAUCACCCACAAUCACCGCAGAUGGCAUGUGUAGUAACAAUUGGGUAUGCGAGCAUCGACUGAACCCAAUUGCAAAUAUGAUUGGCUUCAGAAAUACUGUCGCUGGAACGGAUGUAUCAUACUGGGUAGAUAAUGGAGCGUAUCAGGUGGCGUUCUGUCGAGGAAACCGAGGAUUCAUUGUGUUCAACCUUGAAGGCACUGACUUUGAUCAAACCAUGCAAACUUGCCUUCCAGCGGGGACUUACUGUGAUGUGAUUACUGGGAAGGUUGUCGAUGGUGGAUGUACAGGGUACACAGUUGAGGUUGAUGCGAAUGGAUUGGCUAGAGUUUACAUUUAUGCCUUUGGAGCAUAUAAUGUAUUGGCAAUCCAUGCCAAUUCUAGAAUUCAGUAGGAUAAAUAAAGUAAGUGAAGUAGGUAAGGUUUAAUUUCAAACCGAUUUGAAUAA